GUCACCAUAAUAAAAGUCAGUGAAACUGUCAGAAAAUGUUAGAAUGGAGCAAAGCAUUUUUCAACUUGCAAAACAAAGAUGUUCAACACAUAACUUACGCUACAAUUACUGUGAAUGUUGUAGUGCUUCUAUACUCCAUCGUGUUAUUCUCUUACGCACUACAAAUUAGAGCAAGUAUAGGAGUUUUCAUCAAUAUGGUUACAGAAAAAGAUGGUAACAAUUUAUCAAAUUUUCUCGUAGUAGUCGGUCUUUUGUGUUUGCCGUCCAACCUUUUGUCUGUUUAUUUACUGUAUGUAGCCCUAACAUCAGACAUAUCAAGAAAUUCCCAAGUGAGCGCUCUGAUGUACAGUUUGCCAUUUAUUAUCCUGGGAACAAUCUGUAGCAUGUCGAUAGUAUGCAUUAUGAUAAUAUCUCACGUCUAUUCGAAACACGAAGCCCUUCACGAUGGUAUUAUGGAAGCGAUGAACAACUACAGUAGCAACUCGGAGUUCAAGAUGAGCAUUGACAAACUGCAAUUACAGUUUGACUGUUGUGGAAGUAAACAUUAUAAUGAGUGGUACACAAUACCUUGGUACGACAGUAAUUUAAUUAAAAACAAAGAAAAAAAUUAUCAGCAAAGUACACCAUUCAGUUGUUGUUCGAAACGGUCAACGUUUGUCUGCAUUCAUCAUGGAAUUGAAUCAAAUUCGUUACCAUACCGUUACUCUCGUGAUCUUAAUUUUAGUAUUUCUCCUUUCGGUUGUACCACAGCCAUACAGCAGAAAAAGAAAUCGAUCGGUUGGGGAGUUAUUGGACGUAUACUUUUUGUAAUAUUGUUACAAUUCGCAGCAGCCACAGGUAUUCGACGAAUACGACAAACCCAUUUUAAAGAUGAUGCCAUUAGCACCAAAAGUAAAAGUUGGUUGCCCUCAUUCCAGAAGGGAAAACGAAAGACGAACAAAGAUGAGAAGCAAUCUCUAGUAGAGGGAAACUCCACUGAUACCGAAUCCUAUCAGACAUAACUUGCGGAUUACAAAUACAAAUAUAUUACUUGAUUU